AUGCGACAAGUAUCAUCUCAUAAAAUCGCAGUCGAUACUUUGACUUAUGUACGGAAAAUCGUAGGUCUUGGAAAGUACAGCAGUGCUCAAGAUCUGAUUGAGUUGCUGGAAACCGAAAGAAAACGUUUAUUGGAGGCGUUACCAUAUCAGUUUGUUGUUUCAAACAUUAUAUUAUGUGUGAUCAAGAUGAUCUGUGAAGAAAACGAUCAAACAAAUGCUGCAUUCGGAAACCUAAUACCCCACGAUUCUUUAAAUGAACUGUGGAAAACUCCGGGCAGUAAAAAAGUCAUGGAUGCACGAGAACUUCGAAAAUCAGCUGUUGUUGCUAUCAAUGAAUUUGCAACCGAAAUCGAUACUUGUAUCGAAGAUAUAUGUGCUCAGGCAAGUGAUCAUAUCUGUACAUCUGAUGUUAUCAUAACGCAUUCAUUGUCGCUCUCAUCUACACUUAAAACUUUCUUCAAAUCAGCUCGAAAAAGCCAGAAAAGUUUUCGGUUACUGGUAGUAGAUGAAGAAAUUGAUUGUGAUUGCAUAUCAUCAGUGGAUGUUCUAACUGCUAUGCAGCGUGCUACCCGAGUUUUUAUCUCUGCUGUCGCAGUAUUCCCGGAUGGCUCUUGCUUGGCACCAGCAGGAUGUCUAAUGAUAUGUUUAGCAGCUAAACGACAUGCAGUACCAGUUUCAGUUUGUGCUUCUUUCUACAAAUUUACUCCAUUUUUUGUAGCAGAUAUCGAUCGUAUACAUUCUUUGGGUUCCGCCACUGAUGUGAUACCUUUCACAGAGAUGAAAGAAAUUGAAGAUGCUCAAAUUGUGAAUCCUCUUUUUGAUUUGAUCUCUGCAGAGCUUAUAUUACAGUACAUAUCACAUACAUCUACCUUCACUCCCUCCCAUGUUUACCGCUUUAUUGGGGAUUAUUACUGCCGUAAUCUCAUUGAAAUGUCGUUGUAG